AUGACCUUGUGCCACUACUGGUUUGCUGGGGACUUGCUCAUCUUCCCAUACAGAGGUCAGGCAAAGGUGCAGCGAGGGCUUCCAUUUGUGAAUGAAGAUCCGGACACCAGAGCCGGGACGCCUCAGCUCUGCGGUCCGGAGAUUCGGGUCAGCCACAGCCAUCCCGGGAGACGUUCCGAGGAAGCGUUCGCCGAGCGCAGGAGGGGCGGCGGCGGGCCGAGGGGGCGUGGGAGGGACCGUCCGCCCUGUGCCAGGCCCGCCCCCUGGCACCUGCCGGGACUCCCCGGCCGGCGUCACGCAACCCCCGCCCGGCAUCCUCGCCCCUUUCCGCCUCUCCCUCGCAUCCCUCUCCCGCCCCUCGGCGGCAGCCCCGCCGCCUCUCGCGCCGCUGCAGAGGCGCGCCGGGGGGCCGAUGGAGAGCCAGCGUUGCUUGCUGCUCGCCCAAACCGUCCUUUCGAUGACUACCGGGCAAGCCCCGCGGCGAGCGCGGACAGGGAGGCGGGGCGGUGCCCGCUGGUGGACCGGCCACCAUCGAGCGCAUCUGCGGGAGCUGGCCCGCCGCUGGGCGGCCCCCGCGGGUGCCCGGCGGGCUGUACGGGCGGCGUGGCGCGGCGAGUGGCCUACAACUGCUGUACCACGUCGCCGCAAGUGCCGCUGUUCGCGCCCGUCCAGGACUCGUACCUGCGGGCGGCCCGCCGCGUCGUGGACGCCUGUUCUGCGGUACCAGGAGGGAAUGCGGCCGAGGCCGACGACCGACACCCGGCCGCGUUCCGCUGCUUGGGCGGCGCCGGGGUGCACGCGUGGCAGCGCUGGUCUACCGAGCCCCUGGGGCUGCCCGAGUUCGCGCCGCCCCGCUGGGCAAGUUAAAGGGAGCUCAGCGAGGUCUGCGCGCUCUCCUUCCUCGAGUGCGGCUCCGACUGAGCUCCGUGCCGCGCCGGGUACCUGUGCGCCGCCCUGGUGCUGAAAGCAUGCGGCUGGGCAUGGGAGGUGCUGACCCCAGCACAAAUAAAAUCAAUUUGCCUGGCCAUACUCGAAUCAGGAAAACAGUAUGCAGUGAAGAAGAGGAAACCAUUCCCACUCAUGUAUUCCUACUACGGAACAGAGUAUCUUGGUGCAGCUCAUGGGCUUUCGUCAAUCCUUCAGAUGUUACUCUCCUACUAUGAGUACCUGCAGCCAGCAGAUCAGGAGCUUGUGUGGCAGAGUGUGGAUUUCCUUAUGGACCAGGAACAGAACAGCAACUGGCCUCCUGAGCUGGGGGAGACGAUCGAGCGGGAGAAUGAGCUCGUGCACUGGUGUCAUGGAGCUCCAGGCAUUGCAUACCUGUUUGCCAAAGCUUACCUGGUUUCCAAGAAGCCUCAAUAUCUGGACACUUGUAUCCGCUGUGGAGAGCUGACUUGGCAGAAAGGCCUGUUGAAGAAGGGCCCUGGAAUAUGCCACGGAGUGGCUGGUAGUGCUUACGUGUUCCUGCUGCUCUAUAGGCUCACUGGAAACUCAAAAUACAUAUACAGGGCACAAAGAUUUGCAGAGUUCUUAUUUACAGAAGAAUUUAAGGCUGGUUCCCGGGCACUAGAAAGUGUCUAUAGUCUGUAUGAAGGUUUUUCAGGAACUGUGUGUUUCCUGACUGACUUGCUGCAACCCAACCAAGCCGAGUUUCCUCUCUUCAGUGUCUUUGUCUAAAGACUGACACCCUCCAGGGCCACAUCCCGGUGGCGAUGGGGGAGGGCACCUGCAGUUUCACUUUUUUGUCAAGACAGGCUAUUUACAAAACGAGCCAGUGGUACCACUAAUGCUAGCCUUAAUGUAGCUGGGAGUCAGGUGAAAAAGAAAACACACUGGGGCUUUAGGAGGGAAGUGUGUGGUCACCAAAAAUGGGUCAAUGAAAAAAAAAAAGGGGGAGGGGGGAGUGAUUGAAUCUGAUGGGGUAGAUAUUUAGCUGUAAUAAGGAGCAUAAUCUAAUCAUUCAAGUGAGAGAGAAAGGGGCAUUAUCAUACUUUUAAUUUGGCAGUUACACAGGAGAAAAAAAAAAAAGUCAAACUAGAAUUGCAGGGACACACAAAGAAGAAACAGCAAUGCAGUCAGUAGGUUUUAAAAAGAGUCCUGCAAAGACAAUUCAUGGAGCAAUGCACUUACUGGGGAAGCUGUUGUAGACAUUUCACUACACUGCACAAAGGCAAAAUCUGGGACUUUUUUACUUAAACCACAUCUGCUAGUUUUAGUAACACGUAUUAGGAAUACCUGUAUCUUGGAACUCUUUCCUCUUCAUGUGCAUGUAAUGACAGUUCUGUAGAUAGCUGUGAGUUCAGGCUGCAGUUUCACAGUUCCUUUCAGCAAGUGGAGUCUCGUGUGUAAAUGAGCACUGAAUUUGACCCUUCCUUUCAGAGCUCAGUCUGUGACAAGGAGCUGGUCUCCUUGCUGACUUAUUGUAACGCUGUCACUUGUCAAUAAUUUCCCUGUCACUGGGAAGGUGGCUGGAGCUGUGGAGAAGACUUGGUUAAAAAGGUUCUGUAGCAAAGAUACAGCAGGCAGAUGCUUUCUUCAUGAUACAGCAUUGCUAGACAAGUAUUGUUCAGUGACAAAAAAGCUUCCUUUAAAAAUUACUUAUAGCAGCAUUUCUGAACAGUAACACACAUAUUUCAAACAAUGGAAAAAUCUGUUUUCCUUGAUGAAUUCUUCACUACAAACCCUGCAAACUGAAUGCAAACCUUGAAUGACAUACUAAUCUUAAGAAAAACCUGGUAACAAAUUCAAAAUUGCUUCUUUUCCUAGUAAACAAAAUAGUGUAUAUGCCCAAACGAUUUUUAGCUAUAGAAAUAAAUGGGUUGCUCAAUACUAGUUGCACUAGCACUUAAGGUUGCAAUUAUAUACUGUUUUAUAUGUAUUAUAGACAUGACAUGGUACUUGAAAGCUAAAGAAACCAUUGACGUAGAUUUGUACUAAAAAUAUAAAAACAAUAUCUGUAGGUAAUAUAUAUUUACUAUUUAUUCAUUUAUUUUUAUUUAUAUGGGAAUAAUGUAACACAAUUACCUGUAAAGACAAAUUGGAAAGACCAGUAUGUCAGAAACUGAAGUUAUAG